CUACGAAUCAAAUGUCAAAGAAACACAACACAACACAACAAAACUCCAAACGAACCCACCACCUUUCAUCCCUUGGUCCCUCUCUUGUUAUUAUCCACAAUUCCUAAUUUUCACAAUCCACACAUAUUUCCCACAUACGUACGCUGGUUACUUGCAUAAUUCUAUGGUUGUGGCAUGGCGUCAUGUUCAUGUCACUUGGUAAUUCUCGACAUGAAUCGAACAUCUCCAAUUGUACAGACUGUAACCCGAAAACGCCUUCCAUUCGAGCUUCAUCGAUUCAGGGAACCCGGUAAUUUCUUGGGGUUUAUGACCAAGUGGCGGUCACAUGAACGCCGACGUCUCAAUCUGGUUGUUACUGCUGGGGCGGAACUCUCUAAUCCUUUCUCCGUCAACAUCGGCUUGGAUUCUCAGACAUACCAGUCACAUAAUUUGACACAGCUGCCCUGGGUUGGUCCACUUCCGGGAGACAUUGCUGAAGUUGAAGCAUACUGUAGAAUUUUUAGAGCUGCUGAAAGGCUUCACAACGCAUUGAUGGACACAUUGUGUAACCCAGUUACCGGGGAAUGUAGUGUUUCUUAUGCUUUCCCAUCAGAGGACAAACCAUUACUUGAAGAUAAGAUAGUGUCUGUUCUUGGUUGUAUGAUAUGCCUACUUAAUAAAGGAAGGGAGGAUCUUCUCUCUGGCAGAUCAACCAUCAUGAAGUCAUUCAGUGCCUCAAAUGUAGACAUAAUGGAGGAUAAACUUCCACCGCUUGCUCUUUUUAGGCGUGAGAUGAAAAGGUAUUGUGAAAGUCUACAUGUUGCUCUAGAAAUAUUUUUGACUCCAGACGAUGUUCGAAGCCUGGACGUGUGGAGAAAACUUCAAAGACUGAAAAAUGUUUGCUAUGAUUCUGGGCUUCCUCGUGGGGAUGAAUAUCCACCUCAAUCAUUAUUUGCAAAUUGGAAUCCUGUUUAUCUAUCUACCUCGAAAGAAGAUAUAGAACCAACUGAUUCUGAAGUUGCUUUUUGGAGGGGUAGCCAAUUGACGGAGGAAAGUCUCAAGUGGUUGGUGGAGAGAGGCUUCAAAACCAUCGUAGAUCUUAGAGCAGAGACUGUGAAUGAUAUAUUCUAUGAAACAGCAUUGAAAGAUGCAGUUUCAUCUGGGAAAAUUGGACUGCUCAAACUUCCGGUUGAAGUUGGGACAGCACCAGCAAUGGGGCAGGUUGAGAUUUUUUCGGCUCUAAUGUCAGACUCGACAAAAAAGCCUAUAUAUCUCCAUAGUAAGGAAGGCGUCUGGAGAACGUCUGCAAUGGUUUCUAGAUGGAGGCAAUAUAUGUCUAGAGAGCAAUUACAACUUUCAUCAAUCUCAAAAGUAGAUAUAGCUGUGGAAGAAGAUAAUGAGGAUUCUCCAACCACAGUGAACCAAUACAAAAGCAGUAAUGGAGCCUACAAAGGCAUCGACACCCAAGUGUUGAAUGAAAUCGACAAUGAUCAAGAUGGAAGUUCGGUUGGUUUCUGUAUCAGUCCUAUGGAAUCCCAACUACCACCUUGCAAUCUUUUCUCCAGAAAAGACAUGUCCAUGUUUUUCAGAAAUAAAACUCUUUCACCUACGACGUAUUUUACUUUUGAGCGCAAAAGAUUGGAGAAACAAGCCAGAUCAAGAAAGAAACAUAAUUAUAAUGAGUCAUUUUUACGAAUCAAGAAUCCUGAUUCUGGGUUUGUUGAGACAGAAAGGUCGAACGGUUCAGUGACCUACACGAACUUAUCUACAUACAGUGGAAACAGUGUUGGUCAGAAUCAUCACAAUUCUCUUCCUGCUCCUUCCAGUUUAGAGGAAUUCAAUGAUGCAGAUAGGCAUGCCACUAGUAAAGUAGGUGCACAUGUUACGGGUACAGAUAGCUUGGGCGUUGUUUCAGAGAUAUUAAGCAAUGGGAAACCAGUGAAAUCUUCUACCAAUGAAGAUGUAGAAUUGAUUGAGGGAAAUAUGUGUGCUUCAACAACGGGUGUUGUAAGAGUGCAAUCAAGAAAGAAAGCAGAGAUGUUUUUAGUGCGCACAGAUGGGUUCUCUUGCACCCGAGAAAAGGUAACAGAAUCUUCUUUGGCGUUCACUCAUCCAAGCACCCAACAGCAGAUGCUUAUGUGGAAAUCAUCACCCAAGACCGUGUUACUUUUGAAGAAGCUUGGACAAGAACUAAUGGAACAAGCUAAAGAGGCUGCCUCUUUCUUGUAUCACCAAGAGAACAUGAAUGUUCUUGUGGAACCUGAGGUUCAUGACGUUUUCGCAAGAAUACCAGGAUUUGGCUAUGUACAGACCUUCUACAGUCAAGAUACAAGUGAUCUACAUGAGAGGGUAGAUCUGAUUGCGUGUUUGGGGGGAGAUGGGGUUAUUCUGCAUGCAUCAAACUUGUUUAGAGGUGCUGUUCCCCCUGUUGUAUCAUUCAAUCUUGGGUCUCUUGGUUUUCUCACUUCACAUGCUUUUGAAGACUUCAAGCAGGAUCUGAAACGAGUGAUCCAUGGAAACAACACAUUGGAAGGUGUUUAUAUAACUCUUAGAAUGCGUUUGCGUUGUGAGAUAUUCCGAAAUGGGAAAGCGAUGCCAGGAAAGAUUUUUGAUGUUCUGAACGAGGUUGUGGUUGAUCGUGGUUCUAACCCAUAUCUUUCCAAAAUCGAGUGUUUUGAACAUGACCGCCUUAUUACCAAGGUGCAAGGUGAUGGAGUCAUAGUAGCGACACCUACGGGGAGUACAGCUUACUCUACUGCCGCAGGAGGUUCAAUGGUGCAUCCAAAUGUUCCAUGCAUGCUAUUUACACCCAUUUGUCCUCAUUCCCUAUCCUUCAGGCCUGUUAUACUUCCUGAUUCUGCACGUCUUGAAUUAAAGAUACCAGAAGAUGCCCGAAGUAAUGCUUGGGUGUCGUUUGAUGGAAAGAGAAGGCAACAACUUUCGAGAGGAGACUCGGUGCGAAUAUGCAUGAGCCAACAUCCACUUCCAACGGUUAACAAGUUUGACCAGACCGGGGAUUGGUUUCGUAGCUUGAUUCGUUGCCUCAAUUGGAACGAAAGACUAGAUCAGAAGGCUCUAUGAUUCCAUCUCUCCCAGCUUUCUUUCUUGUAAAUUUACUGUACAUAUUAUACAUGUAAUUCAUUAUAAUAAUCCUUGGCUUUACCACUCUUCAUAGUCAUGCUAAAGGUUACUUCA